GCCAUCUCGGACUUCCGUCGAGCCUUCGAUGCUUCUGCUGCCGCUGUGCACCGCCGCCCUGGGCGCUGUGGCCGGGUUUCUCCUGGCCACUACCAGGCAGCGGCCACGGAAGUACGGGCGGUUCGAGAGCGUCGCCAGUAUCCAGAAGAACCUGCGGACGGAUGCAUCCAAGGCCACGGUGAAGGUGGAAAGCGCGAAGCAGCUGCAGAAGCUCCGCUCCGAUGGCUUGCUGGGCAAGCGCUGGCCGGUGCAGAUGCGCUGCUCCAACGGCGCCGCCAAGAGCGGCAAGCUGCUCCACUUCAUCCGCCACGGCCAGGGGUCCCACAACUCCAUGGCAGACUUCUGCGUGAGCAUGCACAUCAACAGGGCUGAUACCUACAACUUCCCGGACAACUUUGACGCGCCGCUCACGGAGGUGGGCCGGCAGCAGGCCGCGCAGUUGCAGAGCUACGCCAAGACCACCACCCCGCAGCUGGUGGCGGUGUCUCCUAUGAGCCGCGCUUUAAUGACUGCCAACAUCGCCUAUGGCCACCUCAUCGGCAAGGUGCCCUUCAUCGCCCACGACGGGUGCAAGGAGAGGUGCAACGGCCACGCCUGCGACUUCCGACGGAGCAAAGACCAGCAGAAGUUGGACUUCCCCAACGUCGACUUCCAACACGUGGCGCCUGAGGACCCAUGCCUCACCCCUUCCCCUCACGGGGAGACCUGGGCAGAAGCCACGCAGCGAGGCUACGACUUCAUGCUUUGGCUCCGCGACCGUCCGGAGAAGGAGAUCGUCGUAGCCACGCACUCCGGGUGGCUCUUUGGCCUCUUCAACGUGGUGCUGCAGUGCGACGAUCCCAAGCUCAAGGAGUGGUUCUACACCGGAGAGCUGCGCAGCGUCCAUGUGGACUUUGACUGAGGGCUGCCACAGAUAUCUCCCCAAGGGGGUUGACUCGCGGGUGGCCUUGGUAAGUUCUUGCCUGCGGCAUGGCCCUCUCCGUUGGUUCCGAGU